UCAAGAGGGGGUGCACCUAAUAAAACCUGCAUCGCAUCCGUUGAGACGGUGCGACAUAUAGGCAAACAAGCAAGCAUCAUCGCUGUAUUAAGAGGAGUUUUAUAUGCUAAUUUUACUUUUUUAAAAGUAUUCAGUACAACAGAGUAUUAUUUGCGGUUACGGAUGCGGCGACGUACAUGUUAUCAACCAUGAAGGCUAUGAAGACGUUGUACCCAAAGAUGUUGCAUUGCACAUGCUUCGCCCAUGGCGUACAUAGAAUAGCGGAGUUCGUACGACUCGAAUUUACAGAUGUCAAUGCACUUAUUUCGAAUGUGAAAUCAAUCUAUUGCAAGGCACCGUCUCGACGCCGUCAAUUCAGGGCAGACUUUCCAGAGUUGAAACUACCCCCACAACCUCGUAUAACUAGGAGGGGUACAUGGAUUGAUGCGGCUGAAUAUUAUUGCGAUCAUUUAUAUGACGUAGAUUCAGCAAUUAAUAAACUCAGCAAUGACGACUCAGACGUUAUUUGUCUAACUAAAGAAAUAUUAAAAAAUAAGAACCUGAAAAAUGAACUUAUUUUUAUCAAAUCAAACUUUGUUUGCCUUUGUGCAGGGAUUGAAAAGCUGCAAAGAUAGGCCUUUUGAUCUUUGCAAAAAGGUAUUGACGCCAUGGAAGUUGUAAAUCAAUCAUUAACACAAAUCGAGGAUAAACGCUUUUUGCACAAAUUAAAUGCAGUUCUAAAAAGAAAUGAAGGCUACACGUCUUUAUGCAAAAUUAAAAGAAUUAUUUUCAAUAACUCGAAGGAAAAUGAUAACUUCAUCGAUUCUUUAACACCGUUGGAAGUUGCUAAUUUUAAAUACUGUCCAGUGACUUCAGUGGACGUUGAAAGAUCUUUUUCCGUUUACACCACGUUGUUAAAUGAAAAACGACGAUCGCUUUUAUUUGGAAGUUUGAAGCAACAUUUAAUUGUGCAUUGCAAUUUUUCUCUUUUUAACAACAAUGAAAAUUAAAACAAAUAAAACAAAAUUUUUUGA